GUCAAACCGCAAGCAAUGAUGCGAGCGCUGUUGUUGGUGUCGUCGCGCCGCAGUGCAGCCAGGGCGGUGACGCCGCAAGCAGCAGCAGCAGCAGCAGCAGCAGCAGCAGCAGCAGCAGCCGUGCAUCGCAGGUGCAUGUCACGCCGUGCCACGGACAGCAGAGAUGAGAAGGAACCAAAGAGAAGUAGAGGGUGGAUGAACCCAGACCAAGAGCAGCAUCAACAGCAACCACACCACCAGCAACAACACCACCAAGAUGAUCAUGAUGAUCAGCAUCAUGCCAGGCAAGGGGCCGCAGGCUAUUACAAUGAUACCGAGCAGCUGAGUGACAGAGAAGUGGAGCACAUGCUGCAAACAUCACAACUGCCACUGUUCCUGCCGACCACAAGCAGCAGUGCACCGCCAUCGAACGGGUUUCAGGUGGUGUGGAACCUGUCGCCGCUGGCGCUCUUCUCCAAGAUGCACCGGGACGGGUUUGAUGCCCACAACUUUGUCAAAGGUGUGGAGCUCGCGCUGCCGGCGUUUGGAAAUGCCGUGCGUGACCGCGACAUCCGUCAGCUGGAAGCCAUCGCGGGCCCCGAGGUGGCCAACAACGUGCUCCUCACGCAGGAGAUGAUGCAGGCCGUGCACUUUGAGUACGACAUUGCGGAAGUGCAGCAGGUGCGCCUGGACGACGCGCACGUGGCGGACUUGUGGAACGCCAACUCCGUCCUCUCCAUCGACGUGUGGACCAUGGUCACGGAGACGUUCAAGGUCGUGAACACCGAGGACAUGCGACCCUUGCACCCGCGCAUGGAGCACCCGUUUUCGAGCGUGCGCCGGUACCGCUUCACAUCCACGCCGGGCGACGAGCAUUCGCGCUCCUGGUUCAUUGAGCACGUGCUCUCUCCCAUGGGCGCUUAGCUGCUCUGUGACUGCAGAUAAAAGAGAGGCGGGGCUCAGAAAAGGAAGAAACCCAGUGGUGAAGGGUGAAGGCUGUGCUGUGCUUCUCGUGUGUCGGGGGGGGG